AUGGCUGCGGGAACUGUUGAUUUUGCUCAAUUAUUAGUUGGGAUGAUGAGUUCUGAGAAUGAAAUAAGAGAAGUCGCCGAGAAGGAAUAUGAAAAGAUAACACUCAAGGACAAAGGACCACUCCUUUUUGGCCAUUAUUCAAAUGUGAAUUACGACAUUGAGUCUCGUUCCAUGGCUCUCGUGCUUCUACGCCGUCUUGUUGCUUCCUCUUAUGAGGAAUUCUUUCGUGACUCCCAAAUCCAGAAGGACCAUUUCCACUCUGAAUUUAUUCGUUAUCUUAGUGCAGAACAACAACCAGUUUUGAAAAAACGUUUAACUGAUAUUUUGGCUGAACUGGCGAGAAAUACUAUUGACGAAAAUACAGGAAAACAAUGUUGGACAGGCGUAAUGCAAUUUCUUGAAUUAUGUGCUACUUCGGAAGAUCCAUCGUUCCGUGAGACUGGAAUGUCUUUAAUUGAGAAUGUUCCAAACAUUUUCGGUUCUGAUUCCAUCAAAUAUAUUAAUGACAUAAAGAAAAUGUUCCAUGCUUCUCUUUUGUUUGGAGCCAAUAGCUCUGUUCGAACAGCCGCUGUUAGAGCUUAUGUUGCUUUUGUUUGUGACAAUGAUGAGGAUACAAAUGUAGUCAAAGCACUUUCUGACCUUAUUCCGGCUGUUGUUAAAGUUUGUCAACAUGUUGUUGAGAUUGAAGAUGAUGAUGGUUGGUUUUUAUGCUUAUGUAUUGUUUAUAAAUUUAAUCUUUCUGUAGAUGUUCCUCUUCAAUGCCUUAGCGAUUUGGCUGCUUCAUUACCCAAAAUUUUAAUUCCUCAUUUUGCGAGUAUUUUUACUUUAUGUUCAAGCAUUGUUGCUAAUCAAGAAAAAGAUGAAUCGUAUAGACAUAGUAGUUUGGAGGUAAUGGUUUCUAUGUGUGAAAGUGGUAAUUUUAUGAAGAAAAAAGGAGCAAACUAUCUGCCUGCGCUUAUCCAGCAAUGUCUUCAUUUAAUGACAGAGCUCGAUGACGAUUUAAACGAAUGGAUGGCAAUAGAUGACGCUAAUGAGGAUUUGGAUGAGGAAACUGCUGGAAUUGGUGAGACUUCCCUUGACCGAAUUUCUUGUUCUCUUGGUGGAAAGGCUGUAAUGACACAUGCGUUGCAAUGUAUUAAUGAAUUGCUUGGAAAUGAAAAUUGGAAAUAUCGACAUGCUGGUCUUUGUGCAUUGUCAACAAUUGGCGAAGGAUGCAAAAAGCAAAUGGAACCACUUAUACAUGACAUUACAAAUCAAAUGCUCAUUCCAAAAAUGAACGAUCCACAUCCUCGUGUACGAUAUGCUGCAUGCAAUGCGAUAGGUCAAAUGUGUACAGAUUUUGAACCGACUAUUCAGAAAAAAUGUCAUGAAACGAUUGUACCAGCUCUUUUGACUGCAAUGUCUGAUUUAAACACUCCACGUGUUGCUGCACACGCUGCUGCAGCAAUGGUUAAUUUUUGUGAAGAAUGUCCAAAGGCUAUUAUUAAUAUUUAUCUUCAAUCGUUGAUGGUCAAAAUUCAAACAGUUCUUCAACAGACUCUUCAACAAAUGCUAACAACUGGCAAAAAAUUGGUUUUAGAACAGAUAAUCACAACAAUUGCUUCAAUUGCUGAUGCAGCACAAGAUCAUUUUGCUGCAUUUUACAAUGAGUUAAUGCCUCCUCUCAAAUACAUUUUUGAGAACUCAAAGGGCGACAAUUGUAAAAUGUUGCGUGGUAGAACAAUUGAAUGUAUAUCUUUAAUUGGACUUGCAGUUGGAAAAGACUUAUUUGGAGCCGAUGCUGACCAAAUAAUUUAUUUUAUAAGUGCUUGGGCAAGAAUUUGUAAAGUUCUUGGACCUGGUUUUGCUAAAUAUUUGGACUUAAUUAUGCCUUCCGUUCUUUUGGCCGCUGAUUUUAAACCUGAAGUAACGAUUGUUGAUGGAGAAGGAGAUGAAGAAGAUAACGAAGAAUGGAAUUAUCUUCCUAUUGGUGCUAAUCGCUCCUUAGGUAUUCGAACAGCUGGAUUGGAAGAUAAAGUCACUGCUUGUGAAAUGAUUGUUUGUUUUGCACGUGAACUCAAAGAAGGUUUUGCACCUUAUGCUGAACGUGUUAUGGGGAUGAUGAUACAAUUGCUCAGAUUUGUUUUUCACGAAGGCGUGAGACAGGCGGCAGCAGAAUGCCUUCCUUUCUUAUUGAUUAGCUCGAAAAUAUUUGGCGAGGAAUAUUUACGACAUUCAUGGGAAACUGUCUUUAAUGCUUAUAAAGAUGCCAAUAAAAAGGAAAAUGAAAACGAAGUAAUUUGUGAAAUACUUAAUGGUAUCGCCGAAUGUGUUGAACAUUUUGGCGAAACUUCAAUUAUUACUGCUCAAGACAUUGAACAAAUUUACGAACUUGUUCUCUUUCGAUUGGAAUAUCUUACAAAGAGGCGUAUAGAAAGAGAAGCAGAUCGCAAGGAUGAUGAAGAUAUUGAUGAUGAAGAUGAACAAGAAUCCUUAAAUGAAGUUUUCGAAGCUGAAUCCAAUAUGUUGGCCCGUUUGGCUGAUAUUAAUCAUUAUUUAUUUAUGGUUUGGUUUUAUUUACAUUUCUUUCCUUAUUAUUUUCAGACAAAAAAAGAAGCAAAUGUUCCAUUUUUUGAUAAAAUGGCUAUUCAUUUUGCAUCACUUUUGGAUCCUCGAAGGCCUUAUCAGGAUAGACAAUGGGCAAUUUGUAUUUUUGAUGAUUUGAUUGAGUUUGGUGGCCCUUCAAGUUUACAAUAUCAACAUCUGUUCUUGCAGCCAUUAGUUAAUGCAUUGAGUGAGAAACAUUCUGAAGUACGUCAAGCUGCUGCUUAUGGCUGUGGAAUAAUGGCAUUAAAAGGCGGCCAGCCAUUAAUUGUAUCAAUUGAAAGAUCUGAUGCUCGUAGUACAGAAGAAAGUUCGGCAGCAACAGAAAAUUCAAUCAGCGCAAUUGCCAAGAUAUUAAAAUACAAUUCAGCCGGAUUAAAUGUUCAUGAAUUUGUGCCUCGUUUUGUUAGUUGGUUACCUGUUUGGAAUGAUCAUGAAGAAGUUCCAUACGUCUAUGACUAUUUUUGUGAUUUAGUUGAGGCACAACAUCCUGCACUUCAAGGUGAUCCAUCACGAAUUUUUCAGGUGUUUAAAGUUUCUGAUGCUGUAUACAAUAGAAUUUAA